AUGAAUAAGCUAGAACCAGGUGGUUGUAGCAAUACCUUAAGUGAAAGUCCUGCACCCAACCUAUCAGUGCAAUUUAUUGCUGCCGAUAUGAAUAAUCCUGUUGAACGAUGGUCUCCACCAAUCACAGAGCCGAAUUAUGAAAACAUUGUUGAUCUAACGAACGAAAAACCAAGUGGAAGGUUUCGCGUCUACUGCGAUUUAAGAGUUGCUGGUAAUGUGCAGCGGGUUCAAGUGCUAGCUCCUCAUGAAAGGAUAGAAAGCAUACUUAGUGCUCAGCUCACUGCGGAUAAAACCAUCAAGUUUUGGGCGACAAGGAAAAAGCGAGUGUUAGAUUGUGACUUGUUCCUCAUUGAUUGCGAAGAUAUUGAAGAAGAAUGA